UCUACCUGCUUACCGGCAGGCAUGCCAACUUUCCUGUCGGCCUCACCAAUGAAGCUGUCUUCGACGAAAACACCAAGCUCCAGGAGCGCCUUCAGGAAGCCCGUCGUGCAGCUGUAGAAGCCUCUAAGGAAGCGCGCCGAAUCUACGGGAGGUGCCCUUGUGUGGUACUAUGAGCACCGCCAUCGUAUGGGAGGUCUUCCUCCUCUCACAGGGAAAUGGCGCGGCCCUGCACGUAUCCUGAAACGACUAGGACCGGUGUCCUUUGAGAUCCAAGACGUCACCACCGAAGUCCAGAUGAAGGCUCAUCUGAAUCACUUGAAAGCUUACUAUGCACCAGCCGAGCUUUCAUAUGCUGCUGACGACGAGGUCGAAGAUGACGAGGAAGUCGAGGAUAGUGACGAUGAUGAUGCUGAGGCCCCUAACCCAGAUGAUCCCUGGGUUGCCAUGCUGACGUCCAUGGUACGGGAAGCAGAGGCCUGUGGCGUCGCUCGAGAGCUGCAGAUGCUGGAGCUGAUCUACUCUGAGUUAUUUUGUUGUAAUGCUGUCUCCGCUGACCACUCCGACCCAAGGCAUGGGAGGAUUGUGAAGUGUAUUAAUUACCAAGAGGGCGUGCACUCCACCGGGGUCAGGGCAGAUACACGUUUAUGCCAAUUAGUGGGUUCUGAGGGUUAUAGAAAAAAGGGUUUCAGACUAGAGAGGAACAUGAAGAUGGGGUCUGAACCUAGUCAGGCCAAUGUUCAAGAGUAG